AUGGCUCCGCGAAUGAGUCUGGGCACUCACGCCCUGCUCGUUCUGGGUCUGCUGCUUGUUGUACUCCCCAACCAAGCCUGGGCUUUUGGAGCUGGAAACAUCGCUUCUAUUUCCGCCGUUGAAGGCAAGAACUGGCGCCAUGGAGAUAUCGAGGACAUGCUCAAGACCAUCGCUUUCAUCAAGGGCCACAAGUGGACCUCCAUGAUGGUCAAGCGCGUGUACUUUGGUAACUGGUUGCGCGAUUACUCACAAGCUAUGGACGUGGGUACGCUGAAGAGUCUCCCGGCUGAGACUAUUCGCAUUCUGGUCUGGAUUCUGUCCUUCAUGACAUUCGGCUAUGCGACGGCUGAGUUUGAGGUCACUUCGGAGAGGUUGGGCGUUUAUCGUCCUGAGGAGCAUAUUGAUAACCCUAAGGAUUAUGCCGAUAAUCAGGAUGCUCGCGAGUUCGAUCAACGACUGCGGGGCCCUGUCCGCCAGGUCGAGCUGGAUAUCGACCCCGAAACUGGAAUGAAGAACUACAUUGCGAACGAGGAGGGCGGAUGGGCUACCAGCGCGGCUUAUAUCAAGUAUAGCUUGGCUCGCAGCAUUCAUUAUGGACGCACAUAUACCCAUGGAAGCAAGAAAGGGAACGAGGAAGAUCUCUGUGAAGCGCUUCGGUGCUUGGGCCAAGGUCUCCAUACGUUGGAAGAUUUCGCAGCGCAUACCAACUAUAUUGAACUUGCGCUUCGUGAGAUGGGUUUCCGCAAUGUCUUCCCUCACACUGGUGUGGACACCCAGAUGAAUAUUCGCGGCCACCAUGUGUUUCCGCUUGUGACUGGAACGUUUGGUAUGGUUGAUUUCUUCCACUCCGUGCUGGGAGAAGCCAACGAUCACUUUACUCAGUCGGAAGUCAACGAGAUGGACAUUGCGCUCGGAGAUGCGGAGGCAAACUCCUCUGGCGGGUCUCUUGGUGCUUUCACUGGUCUUUUGGGCAAUAUUCCCGGGACAAAGGACCUGGUGGAGGAGGCGGAGGAGCUCAAGCGUCGUUCUGAAGCUCAGGAGUCUGCGAACCGCUCUUAUGGUGCUCGUUCUGGUUAUACUACGCGCGGCGUCUCUAGGGAGGUGGAUGACUACAGCGCUCCGCGUAGUCGAGGAUUCGAUGAUGAGGUCCCAACUUACAGAGCUAACGAAAAUGAAAGACCUGGAGAGAGCUCCCAAUCUGAAUCUGCUCUACAGGACUUUGAUCCCAGCAAGACCAUUGCCCAGAUCUAUCCCAUUCUUGAAUUCAGAGACAAAGUUGUCCGCAAGCUCGCAUCGAUUAUUGAGAAGAUCCCUGGCUUGGAGGCAAUCGUUGAGAAGAUCACUGAGACGUUGACCGUCUUCGUUAUGUCUCUGCUGGCACCGUUUAUCCGCCCCCUCAUCAACGCCGCUUCCAAGUCUUUGCAAGCUGGAUCUUCCGGUGUGAUUGAUGCCUCCGGAAAGCACCAGUAUGAGCCGUGGACUGACCCCAACUGCACGGAUCCUACCCAUUCGCUACUCUCCAAGGACCACUUCUCUAACAUUCUCAAUGAGCCAGCCGGUCAUGUUGCCUCCGCUAUUCUUAAGUACGUCGCACCUCGGGUUCUGUACGCUUGGCAGAACCUGGACGUCUCCGAUGAUCAGGUAUUGGAGGACUGUCUGAAGGUGUUUCACCACCCGGCUCUGCGCAACAUGAACAACGAAGCUCACCGCACAAUGUUCAAAGCCGUGCAGGCCUGGGUUGACUCCAGGCCGGACCGUGGUGCUGAUCUGAACGAUGUUCUCAGCGCUGAGGGAGUAAGACAGGGAAAGAACAGCACCGGCGAGGAAGGGGGCCAUUCACACUCACACGGUGGUGGUGGAUUUGGUGCUGCAGGACACAGCCACGGAUCUCAGCAGCAGCGUCCGCCUCAGCAGCAGCAGCAGCAGCAGCAGCAGCAAGGCUCGUCUCCUCUCCCCUGGGACAAGCUGUCCAGCCUUCCCAUCCCGGGGAUUUCCAAUCUCAACAAGUUGAACAGCGCCUUCUCCAAUCUGAUGGUAGGUGGAGGCACGAGAGGCGAGACCGAGGAAGCCGAGAACCCAACUCAGUAUGAAUCUCGCGUGGAGUCUCAAUAUACUACGCAUCACCAGUCCUCGCAUCAUGAGUACAGCAGCUACCAGCACCAGUACCAGAGUCAAAGCCAGAGUCAGUAUCAUCACAGCCAGGAGCAAUCAUACCAACCAGCUCCUCCUCCCCCAUCUGGCUUUGACAGCUACGGCGGCUAUGAUGAUUACAAUGGAAGUCAGCGGAGGCACCAUGGAGAGCAUCAUCAUAGUCAUCACCAUCAUUACCCACCACCUGGUCGCACCCCUCCUCCUCCGGGCCCGCCUGGAGGUUACGAAGAACAGUCCUACAGUUCUUACUCCAGUUAUGGACGUGGGAACGGACAUAGUCAGGACUACUAUGGGGGGAACUAUUGA